AUGACGCCACGAAAGUCCCGAUCAAACGCGUCCGCGGUUUCCGAUGCCCAGGCUCACGACCCUGCCGAUGACAACAUGAGCCUCGACGUCCCCGAGCAACUCCUGACACCGGAAAAUAGUCGCUCGGAGACUUCAAGCAACAAUGAGAACGCGUUGACCGAUGAGAAACCCGCAGGACGGCGAAGAUCAACACGGGUGGCACGCGCAUCAUUGCGGACGGAUGGAUUGAACGGUACGCCCAAGGACGAGGAACCCGCGUCUUCGUCCGCAGCCUAUGUCGAUAGCCUUGCCAAAGCCAAACGAUCACACUCUUCCCUGCGCCACAGUAUUGCAGUGAUGGAGUCUUCCUUGUGGAAGGGCACUCCAGCGGACGAUGGUAAUGCGGCCGACAAUGCCGUGGCUCCGGAUACACCCAUCUCGAAGUCUUCACAGGGGGCGCAAUCUGAAGAUCUGAACACGUCGCUUCAGCAGCGAACGCUACGAAAGCGCGUGGGAAAGACAUUGGGUGAAGACGAAGAAACGACCACGGCUGAACCGGUCCCUUCGCAAACUGCUACUCGCAGGUCUCUUCGACGAUCAGGUCGCUUCAGUUUGAUGGAAAAGGCUUCGGAUCUCGUUGAUCGGGCCAGUAGUAUCUUGGGAAAGCGCACACGAGGUCUGGCAGAGAAGGACCUUGGCCGGCGUGCUAGUCUUCGCCCUCGAAAUAUUGCCCCCUCGAAGGAGGACACGGCUCGCUCUACCAAUGAGCCUGCAUCGAAGAAGCGUCGGGUUUCUGAGAGUGAUCUCUCCAAGCUUAAAGAUCAAGAGUCACCUGCGCCAGAGGAUUCGAUUGUACCGGCUCCUCCGCGACCUAAGCGUAAGAUUUGGCUGUCCCACGGCCUAUAUGUAGGACAAGAGCCAUCGGACUCGCCUCCUAAGCAACGUCGGAGCAAGAACUCCAAAAAGACCGGAACGGGCCCAAUGCAACGCACUAUCCUUCCCAUGCCGAUGUUCAAAGGCGCCCGGCUUUUGAAGACUGGGCGGGAUUAUCAGCUUCCGUUCGACAUCUUCUCGCCGCUUCCACCGGGUCAGCCCAAGCCUGACGAGUGGCGUAAGACAAACAAGAAUGUUUUCGUUGGUGAUGCCGGGAGCUUCUGGAAAGCAAACAAGAAGCUCGAGCUGUCUACUUGCAUGUGCACCGAGGAUACUGGCUGUGAUGAGAACUGUCAGAACCGCUACAUGUUCUACGAGUGUGACAAUGGUAAUUGCAGGCUGGGUCCUGAAUGCGGUAAUCGCAAUUUUGAAGGCCUCAAGCACCGGACCAAAGCCGGAGGCAAGUAUAACAUCGGAGUCGAGGUCAUCAAAACGGCAGAUCGCGGGUAUGGUGUGCGCAGCAACCGUUCCUUCGAGCCCAAUCAAAUCAUCGUCGAGUACACCGGCGAGAUCCUCACCCAGCUUGAGUGCGAGAAGAGGAUGCGGACUAUAUACAAGAACAAUGAAUGUUAUUAUCUCAUGUACUUUGAUCAAAACAUGAUCAUCGAUGCCACUCGCGGGUCUAUUGCUCGCUUUGUUAACCACGCCUGUGAACCUAACUGCCGCAUGGAGAAAUGGACCGUUGCGGGCAAGCCACGCAUGGCACUUUUCGCUGGAGAUCGAGGGGUCUCGACAGGAGAGGAAUUGAGCUAUGACUACAACUUCGACCCCUACUCCAACAAGAACGUUCAGGAAUGCCGCUGUGGAUCAGCGAACUGUCGUGGCUUCUUGGGUCCUCGGCUGAGGGAAAAGCAGCAACGGGCCAAAGAACAGGAGAAACGAAAGGCAGAGGGAGGUCCAAAGGCGACGUCAAAAAAGACCACCGGCAAAAAGCGAAAGGUCUCAGACGACGAUGAAGAUGACAGCGACGCGUCUCCCGAAGGCAAAAAGCGCAAGAUAAUUACAACCAAGGCCAUCAAGGCCGGUGUGAAAAGGGCUGUGGCAACUGUCCGUGGGAAGAAGGUUACCAAGACAACGACAAAAGCCCAAUCCACGGCUGCCGGCAAGUCGAAGACCAAUGUCAAACUACCAAGCGUGAAAGCCACGGGCCGUAUCAAGGCCACGGUUCGUGCUCCUCGAUCUACCAAGGCUGUCAAAGCUACCAAGACAACCAAGACAACCAAGACCACGCAAACUAUCAAGACAACCAAGCAAGCAUCGGCUUCUCCUAAGAAGACAGCAUCCCAACUCAAACGACCGUCUGCCGAGACCAAAAAGAAAAUCCUCGACGCUGCGUCCAAAGGCUCUAGUGCUUCUCCCCGCAAGUCUUACGCGAGAAAGGCUCCCGCUAAGAGCCCUGUCAAAGCCAAGAUGCCUGCCCCCAAGGCCAAAAGCACUGCCAAGGAUAGCUUUACCAAGGGAGUCAAACAGACAGCUCGACGUGUUGUCAAAUCGGUCAAGGGAGCGAAGAAAUGA